AUGACACCUCAUGGACUCUCCACCAUUGUUCCCCGCGACCUGCAGCCAGAGCUCGCAAGAACCAUCCAGUCUCUGCCCGCGGGAGCACAGAUGGCUGCCGACGGUGAGGUCGCCGCUGGCGCCCUCUCGGCGGCAGACGCACUGGCGCUAAUCAACACGCGAAAGUACAACCUUCUGUCGAUAGAUGUGGAAAAUUACGAGUGGAAACAGGAACAUUUGCUGGAGAUAGGGCUCUCCAUCUAUAAACCAUCAUACCAGACCCACGCCCUUUUCCCCCAUAUCGUCAAUUUCCACAUCAUUCUGGAAGAAGGCCUGAAAUACGCCAACAAGAGAUUUGUUCCUAAUAACCGCCUGAACAACAUCACGGGCCAGUCGAUAAUCGCAAACAAAGUCCAAGCCCAGACGAUCAUGCAAAAAGUGUUUGACGACGUGGAUCUGUCCAAAACGAUCGUUGUCGGACACGGCUUUGCGUCUGACAUGCGCCUGUUUCGAAUGUGGGGCCUGGAAUUCCCGCAACACGUGAAAGUCGCCGACACUAUGAAACUGUGGUCCUCGCUGGUGCCGUCUGCAAAGAAAAGCUCGCUCUGCUACAUCCUAGACAAGCUGGGUAUCCCAUAUGCCUAUUUACACAACGCGGUCAAUGACUCGUAUUAUACACUUGUGGCAUGCCUGAUGCUGGCGUCGCCAGAAAUUCGUAACAACCUGGUGAUCAAGGAGAAAGAGAUCGACGACGAAACAGGCGAGGAAGUCGUAGUUCACCGCGUGCGGUGUUCUCCCCACGACCAAGACCUCGAGCUCAGAGGCCCCGACCGCAAAUCAAAACGGCGCACCCAACAGAUGUACUUCCACGCUCCCCGCGAGAGUUUUCCCGUGGAGCACGUGGAAAGCGUGCUCAAAGAGUUCCCGUGA